AUGAAAAGAAGGUAUAUGCUACAGCAACCCUAGUGACUAUCGUCGCUCGUAAACAUCGCCAAAUGAACAAACACACUUCUUUUCAGUCUCUGCUACUUCCCACCGAAACCAAACCAUACCCGAAUUGUGAUUCUCAUUCUCUAGCAGAAGAGUAGAAAAACCAGAGGAAUAUAUUUCUGUGGAGUUUGAGUUUAUCAAAAAUCAAUAAACCUACGAGUGAGACCUUUCUGCGAGGAACUGAUUUGAGGUUUGGUUAAUUGGAUUAGAUUAAAAAGGAAGCUUUGGUUAGAGAAUACAUGUCAUAUAGACCUUUGUAGCCUGUUAGAGAGUUCAUUGUGUUAAGUGGGAGGAGAGGGAUGGGGUACAGCAUUGUCCAACAGAAUCGCACGGUGGUAUUCCAUAGUUUGCAUGGUCUAAAUGGGUGUUCCAAACAAGAGGGUCACUGCUCUGGCAGGCACCAUUGCUCAAUAAGAAAGGCGCCUGCUUUUCAAUUGAAUUGCUUAAACAAGCGUAACCACAAAACUCACUCUUGUUUACAAUGGACGGGAGUUCGUGGUCCUGAAAUGAAUGUGCACUCUUCACAGUGUAGAAGUGUUUGCGUUGAUAGAGACAAUGAGAUUGAUCAAGAUGAAUGGAGCUCUGAAAAUAAUGAGAUGGGUGUUGAAAGAAAUUUCAGACAGCUAAUGAAUUCAAAGAAGCCUUCAAAUUCUUCGUCAUUGUAUUUAGAUGGACCCCUCGUUGGAAACAAUGAGCAAACCAACAACGAUGUUCUUCAGAACUUCUGCAUCCAAGGAAGAUUGGUUGAUGCAUGUAGGUUGGUUGAUAUUAUGGCACGUCGAAACCAAAUUCCUCAUUUCUCUGCUUGCACAAACUUAAUCCGAGGCCUUAUCAGAAUGGAUCGAACAGAUAAAGCUGCCAAAGUUUUGAAAGUUAUGGUCAUGUCUGGUGGGGUUCCGGAUAUCAUCACGUACAACAUGAUGAUUGGUGGUCUCUGCAAGAGAGGAAUGUUAAAAUCUGCCAUUGACGUCUUGGAUGAGAUGAGCUUGAGUGGUUGCCCUCCUGAUGUGAUUACCUAUAAUACAAUUAUCCGGUCGAUGUUUGAUAAUGGGAAUUUUGAUAAGGCUGUUGGAUUUUGGAAGGACCAAUUGAGAAAGGGAUGCCCUCCUUAUCUGAUUACCUACACAGUUCUCAUUGAGCUAGUCUGCAGGCGCUGUGGAACUUUGCGGGCUAUUGAAGUAUUGGAAGAUAUGGCAAUUGAGGGCUGUUAUCCUGACAUUAUUACUUACAAUUCUCUGGUUAAUUUUACUUGUAAACAGGGAAAAUAUGAGGAUGCAGCUUUGGUUAUAUGUAAUCUUUUAUCUCAUGGGAUGGAACCCAAUGCAAUAACUUACAACACUUUUCUGCAUUCUCUUUGUCACCGUGCAUGUUGGGAUGAAGUAGAUGAGAUGGUGGCAAUCAUGAAUGAAAGUUCCCAUACUCCUACUGUGGUUACUUACAAUAUCUUGAUUAAUGGUUUGUGCAAAUAUGGGCUCUUGGAUCGUGCCAUCAACUUUUAUGAUCAAAUGGUUUCCCACAACUGUUCACCUGACAUUGUAACUUAUAACACUCUCCUAGGUGCUCUUUGUAAAGAGGGAAUGGUAGAUGAGGCCCUUCAAGUGCUUCGCAUUUUAGGUGGUACCAGCUGCUCUCCUUGUCUGAUCACUUACAAUACUGUGAUUGAUGGGUUGGCAAAGAAGGGUAUGAUGGAGAAAGCAAUGGAAUUGUAUAGCCAAAUGAUAGAAAAUGGGAUUACUCCUGAUGAUAUUACCCAUCGUUGUCUAAUUUGGGGCUUUUGUCGGGUGGAUCUGGUUGAGAAAGCUGUUGAGAUAAUGAAGGAGAUGGGUAAGAGAGAGCACAGAGUUGGAAAUAAAGCUUAUAGAUUUGUGAUCCAAGCAUUAUGCAAAAAUAAGAAAGUGGAUACUGCAAUACAAGUACUAGAAAUGAUGAUCUCAAGUCGAUGCAAGCCAGAUGUGACAACAUAUUCCAUGAUAAUCAAAGGCGUGGCUGCUGCUGGUAUGACCAAAGAGGCUAAUGAGUUGCAUCAGAAGUUGAUAGAAUGGAACAUUUUAAGAGAGGGGACUGUGCUGAACUAAACGGAGUCUAUGCAAAAACUUGACCACCUUCAACACUCCCUGGAAUCUAGACAGCCAUUUUCACGCUUAUAGUUGUACAGAAUGUACACUCUCUUAAGGUUGUGGUUAUCUUGAUCUGUGAUCUCGUUUGUUGCUACUGUUUCUCAUAUCAAUAUAUGGGAGACCUCUGGCAGCUUCAUUUCAAAGCUGGAGUCUGCAAGUGCUUCCAUGCUGCAGCAGCAUAUAUUUCAGACACCUAGGAUUGCAAAAAGAUUUAUGGUUUUUGCUGGUUGUCUUUUUGAGUGUUCUUGUUGUAACAUUUUUGACACCGUCUUGGUGAAAUUCUUUUUUCUUUUUUCAUGGA